UUUGGUUUUCAAAACGCUCCCCCCAAUCAGAUGAAACCAGCUCUUCCAAUGGAACUGCAACACCAUCAAGUAGCUGAUGAUGUUUAUCUUUCCUUUCAGCCAAGUGCACCACUGAGAAAGUCGACAUUGAUCAGCAUUGUGGCUUUUGUUUUGGGUGUUACUAUCAUAUAUGUAUAUUCUCCUUAUUCAUUUUCUCUCUACGUUAAUCCCACCUCAUUAUCUACCGGAAACUCAUCCUCAUUGCUCAAUAAUGAUUCCAUAGCGACAAAUGAUGGGUCCCUAAUUGCCGAGCCCGAUAACAACAAUGAGUCCGACGUUGUGAAGAAUGAAGAAACCUGCGAUUUGUCUUCCGGGGAAUGGGUUCCGAAUCCAGAUGCACCUUAUUACACGAACGUGACGUGUCCCGGAAUGUAUAACCUUCAGAAUUGCAUGAAAUUCGGGAAGCCCAGCAUGAGUUUUUUGGAAUGGAGGUGGAAACCCGACGGCUGCGAGUUGCCGACUUUCGACCCCAACCGGUUCUUGCAACUUGUGAGAGGAAAGUCUAUCACUUUCGUUGGAGAUUCUUUGGCAAGAAAUCAUAUGCAGUCACUCAUAUGCCUAUUAUCAGGGGUUGUAUAUCCAGUGGAUCUUUCGCCCGGUGACAAUAAGAAAAACGGGAACCAACAUUGGGUGUACAGGGAUUACAACUUCAACAUUUCGCUUUUCUGGAAUCCAUUUCUGGUAAGGGCAGAAAUGACCGAUCCCAGCAACGCUUUCGGCUCUUACAAUCUUUUCCUGGACGAGUGCGAUGAACAAUGGACUUCCAAGAUUGAAGGGCACAACUACAUCAUCAUCUCCGCCGCGCUUUGGUACAUAAAAACUAACAUGUUUUACGAAAACCGCACCCUCGUUGGCUGCGAGGACUGCGAGUUAGAGAACGUGACAAAAUUAUCCGCGUUCUACGGCUACGAAAAAGCACUCCGGACAGCUCUUCGAGGCAUUAACAGCCUGAAAAAUUUCCACGGCCUCACUUUUCUUAGGACGAUUACACCAACCCACUUUGAAGGCGGUGGGUGGAACGAAGGCGGGGAUUGUGUGAGGACUAAGCCUUUUAGAAGAAAUGAGACGGUUUUGGCACCUCAUUUGGCUGAAAUGUACAGAAUUCAAGUGCGGGAACUUAAGACUGCGGAAGAAGAAGGAAUUAGUAAAACGGGUUUAAGAUUCAGGUUGAUUGAUGUAACCAAACCGAUGUUGCUCAGGCCGGAUGGUCACCCUAGCAAAUAUGGACGGAAAUCGGGCUCGAAUAUGCCUAAUGACUGUACUCACUGGUGUAUGCCGGGACCUGUCGACACUUGGAACGAGAUCUUGCUAGAGUUGAUUCGGAGGGAGGAAGCCAAAACUUGAUCCUCUUUUUCUUGUUUUUUAUUUUUUUUACUGUACAACUAUGUUAGUUCCGCAGAUAUAUAAUGUGUGAUCAAUAUCUAAAUUGUUUACUUUCUUCCAUGUUUUCGUUGGCAUAAUUUGAAUUAUGUAAGUGCUAGAGGCUUAUGAGAUAUGGUAGCUACAAGCUUAAGAUAGGAAUCGCCCCCAUGGACUAGUAGUAAUUCAAUUAAUUGCAACAAAACCGUUGUCUUUCAAAAACACAUAUGCA